AUGCAGCGCAUCAGAUCCGUGUUCUACCACGCCUACAACAGUUACCUGGACAACGCUUUCCCCUACGACAAGCUCCGCCCACUGCCCUGUGACGGACAGGACGCCUGGGGCAGGUCUCCUGGUGUUGGACUGGAUGAAAGGGCCCCCAGCUCCAAUGGCUGUCUUACACCUCAUGGCAUGCAAUUCGCCUGGAUCGGACUGUACAAUGACGUGAACAGCUGGAGGUGGUCACUGUCAGACACAAGCUUCUACGGACCAGAGGAGGAGGAGUUCAGACAGUGGAAAGAAGGAGAACCAGACAAUGAUGGAGGUGCUCAACACUGCACAGCGAUGUUUAGCGGUGAUGGACUAUGGCACGAUAACACCUGCACAUCCAACCAUCAGGCGGUGUGCUGUGAUGUGAGAGGGCUGAAUGUGACAUUUAUCCUCACUAACGACUCCAUGACCUGGACUGAGGCCCAGAGCUACUGCAGAGAACACCACACAGACCUGUCCAGUGUGAGAAACCAGGCAGAGAACCAGGAGGUCCAGGAGCUGGUUCCAGGAGGAGGAGGAGCAGUCUGGAUCGGCCUUUUCAGAGACUCCUGGAAGUGGUCCGAUGGAAGCAACUCCUCGUCCAGAUACUGGGUGACAGGGCAACCUGAUAACUGGAAUGGGAUGACGCAGGAUUGUGCAGUAGCAGAUUUCAGCUCCUCUGGAGGAUGGUGGGACGAGAACUGUGACCUGAAGCAUCCAUUCAUCUGCUCCAGUCCAGGUGAGUGGUAA